GUCUCAUACUUCUUUAAGUUCUGAUUAAAAAACAGUAGCUUUUGACUACUCAUUUAUAAUAUGAUGUAUUCUUCAAGAAGAAGAGGAUCAAAUAAGUACCUCAAUCACAAUUCUCUGUACAUUUAUUAAAAUUUCAUAAACAUAGCAUUAUGCAAAAUAUAAGAUCACCAGGUGUAUAGGCUGUAAAAAACUACACAACUGCACGUGCGCGUUGCUGUUGGUUACAAGAUAAAGUCCAACCAAUCAGAAUUAACAUGCGCAGAACGAACCAAACUCACGACCGCUCUUUAAUUUCUCGAACGAAACUACACGCGAUAGUGCUUCCAUAUCCUUUUUCUAAUCUGUUCGGUUCGAUUUGGUAACACAAACGAUAAGUGAACAUUAGAUUAGGAGAAAAAAUUGUCUCGUGUAUUCUCAUGGGCUUUAUCGAUGAUGAAUUACAAGAAGUAUCAAAACUUUGCCACAAUGUUGUCGAAGGUAGCCGUCUCGUUUCCUGUGUGCGCACAAUGGUGCGAGUGGAAAUAACAAAAACAAAAUUUAAAACGAUUAUUGUGUGCAUUCAAUUCUCAGAGGACUAUCCUCGUACACCAUUAUUAGUUGAAUUAAAAAGUAAAACUCUGUCUGUCAAGUUGCUUGAUGGUCUGACAGAGGUUUGCGAGAAGGAGUGCAAGAAACUUCUAGGAAAAGCUCAGGUACUUCCGCUAUUGAAAUUUGUUCGUAAUUUCAUAGAUGAAAAUCCCUUGAUUUGUUGUUACGAUGAGAUCUCUGCCAUAAAAAAGACUUUGGAGAAUGACGACGAAUUAAAAUUGAAACAGAAAUAUUCUUGUAUUGGACUGAAAGUCCAGCAAGGCCUUUAUUAUUUUAAGGCUAAAAUUGUAGUACCAGAUAACUACCCAACAGCCUGUGUAAAAUUGGAGGAUGCAGAUACAAAUUUUCCACCUUUGUUUACACGCUAUUUUCUGGGACAAGGAAAAGAGCUAGCUAGACAAUGUGUGGAACCACCCCUUAAAAAGAAAUCUUCAGCUCCAUUCACACCAUCGCCGUCUCUAAAUACUGUUAUUUCCUUUCUUAUAAAGUCUAUUAAGACCUUGCCACAAGAACAUUGUCAAUCAUGUAGAGAAAUGUGUUUACCACCAAACCCAGAAAAUGCAGAGACCAACGAAAAUGCAAAUAUGCAUGUAGAAAGACUGUACUGUGGGCAUUUGUUUCAUUUGCAAUGUCUUGUGACAUAUAUGAAGACUCCUCCGUUCCAUGGGGGUAAAAAGUGUCCAACUUGUAAACAACGUAUCUAUCAUGAGAAGUGGGGAUUAACUGAUAAACUUGCAGAGGCACGUUGGGCACAUCAACAAGCAAGGGCAAGGGAAUUAGCAGAGGUAGCUGAUUUCUUUAAUUGAAUAUAAUUUACAUUGUACGGUAUUUGAAGGAAUUGUAACAUUUCUACGGUAAAUGGAAUAUCAUUGAAAAAUCUUACUGUAGAAAGUGACAGAAAGGGAGGAAGACAACUUCCAAAAAAAUUAUUUGUAAUUCUACAUAUUUUAAUAACAAAUGACAAAUGUUUAUAAGCUAGUUAAAGGGAAAUUCUUCUAAUACUAUAAAGUAUAUGAUACAUUGAACAAUUUAUAUUUAUAUUGCGCUUUAUGAUAACAGUUUGCUUAAUGUGGUGCUAUGAUACAAUGGUCACAGGUUUGCCAUCGUUAAUCAACACUUCCAUUUCUGUUAUUAAAAUUUACAUUACAUAAUAUAAAAUUUUAUACCUGAAUCAAGAAAUUUAUUCUGUAAUCAAUUCUGUAUAGCAUUGUAUAAUUGAUAAUGGAAAAGAUAUAUAGUGGUAAGUUUUGUAUUUUGAAUCUGUACUUUAAUGUAAUUUUAAAGUUUGCUUUGUACUAUACUAAUGACAAUUGUGGGUUAGAAGUUUGUAUAUAAUUAAAACGUUUGACAAGACUUAUUCAAAAAAUUGUUGAUAUGUAUUAAAAAAUACUCACAUUCGUUUACGAAGUGCCUUUGUACACAUCUUCGUUACGAUUGGAAUAGCAUGGGAUGUUACUUGUAGAAUGUUGUGGAAAUUCUCGGAGGUUUCUUGUUCAUAUUUGUAAGUAUUUAUACAUCUUUUUCGUAGGAAACUGCAUUGUUCUUCAAUUGUUCACUAAUAUCACUUUAUUCAGUACAAAACACAACUUUUUAACGAUAAAAUGUCACAAAUUGAACUACACAACUUGAACGUCAAAUUUAUACCGUUCGCGCAAAAAGCGCGCGAUAUUUAGCGUGCUUGCAGCGCCGCUCUUGACAAACUAAAUCGAUCGAUACUAUCGAAAAGAAAAGGCGCGCUGUUCAAAUCUAUUAUCAAUUUCUAACAUUAAAUCAUAACUUAAAUUUAACCAAUUUUUAUUAAUAAUAGUACAAAGAAGAAUACAUAUGUUAUUUUCUACGUAACAGUUCUAAAUAAGGUACUUAUGUUUAUAAUUGUAAUAACAGUAAGCAAAUGCAUUUUGUUGAAGUGAAUAAAUCGCACACUUUGUGUAUUCGAAAAUUACUGAAAAAUCAAACUGCACAGUAAUAAUAACAAUAUUUACUAUGGUAAUAAAAUAUGUAUAAAUAAUACCUGUGUAAAUAAAAAGUUAUAUUUAUA